AUGUUGGUCAGCGCCAUGUUUUCCUACAUUCAAGGUUUUUUAAGCGCCGACCAGGACAUUCGAGAGGAAAUCCGCAAAGUGGUUCAGGCGCUUGAGCAGACUGCCAGGGAAAUCCUCACGGUGGUCCAAAGUGUUCACCAACCGUCUGGAUUUAAAGACAUCCCCGAAAAGUGUGCUAAGGCCAGAGAAUUGUUUGGUACAGUCCGGACGCACAUUGCUGACUUGAAGACAAAGUUCCCUGUGGACCAAUACUACAGGUUUCAUGAGCACUGGCGCUUCGUCCUGCAGCGUUUGGUCUUCCUGGCGGCAUUUGUGGUCUACCUGGAGAGCGAGGCCCUCGUGACCCGUGAGGAGGUGGCGCAUAUUCUGGACAUUGAGGUUGUACGCGACCAAGGCUUCCAUCUGGAUGUGGAAGACUACCUUGCAGGUUUGCUAAUCAUGGCUAGUGAGCUGUCACGCUUGGCAGUCAACAGCGUGACGGCGGGCGACUACAAGCGCCCGCUGCGCAUCUCCAACUUCAUCAACGAGUUGGACUCAGGCUUCCGUUUGCUCAACCUCAAGAACGACCCCCUUCGCAAACGCUAUGACGGCCUCAAGUACGACGUCAAGAAGAUCGAGGAGGUGGUCUACGACCUCUCCAUUCGCGGACUCGCCAAAGAUGCCAAGAGCGACCAGUAG